GCGCCAUCUGUGUCGGUCAUCUAGUCUUAAUACGCCGGAAGUACUGCCCAAAUACCACGACGCUGUUCGCAGUGGUGCUGUCUGGAUUUUUGCAUCUGAUCGCGAGCGUGUGCAUGUUGACAAUUGCCGAAAAUUACAUGAAACAACGCGUAAAACAGGGGCCUCCGAGCGUCGGCUCGCGCAUGGAUUACUCGAUGACGGCGGCGAUUGCAAACGGGGUGGUGCCCGAGUUUAUCGUGCAUAAUGUUUAUGUUCAGAACUUUAAAUGGUCGAUGUCUUCGUGUCUAGCAUACGCAGGCACACUUGGUUGCAUCAUCACAGGAAGUUUUUCCGUUAUCAAGAUUGUGCCGCAAAAUAGCCCACUUCAAGUUGCACAACAUUCGCUUGUGACGCUUGAGACGUAUGGAAGUCAGCACUUUGACGUAUUCUUUUCCGUGUGUCAGAAAAACGUUUGCGAGGAAAGAUGGGCUAUUCCGGCGGAAUAUUUAGUGAUAUACGUACCCGUCAUGGUCACCGUGCUGGUUGCUCUUUACAGGAACAGGACAAAACAAACGGAAGUCACCAUCACAGAGCUCAAGUUUCUCUCAAACAAGAAGUGCAACGUUUCAGUGUUUAACUGCAAUUGUGUUAAAUUGAACUCAGCCAUGGUUGCCGUUCUUUUAUACAUUAUUUUUGUCGAACUCAUAGUACGGCCAGGAUACAUUCUGUAUGCGCACGCAACUUCGGGUUACUUCUGGGACAUAUUGCCAAGUUUAUUACAGACAGUAAUUUUCACUUUUAUUUGCUCAGAAUAUAUUCAUAAGGUCCUUAUUCGAUCACAAUAUUGGAAUAAUGAGGUGAAAUCAAACGGCUAUUGUGACUGUAAACAUAAGGGCAAGCCUCCUAUGCAGGUUUGAUAAGCUGUAAAUUUCUGUGGACAGGUUAUUUGGAGAAGUGUUGUUUAAAGGUAAAGACACAUUUCCUUCGAAUGGGAAAUCCAUCGUUAUGUUUCCAUAAAACUGUGAAACUAUGCUCAAAUAUGUUUGAAGCGCUAAUUAGCACAAAAAGGUAUCAUAUUGACGGAGUU